UUAUUUUGUGGCCAUGUAACGGGCCUUACGAUUGGUCAGGAGAUGCGAUCCCGACGUCAGCAUUGCAGGCUACAAGCCCAUUCAGCUCCGUUCCUUUGUGUGGGUARGUAAACAACAAACGCCGGUGUCGAUCCAAGAUAACCCGAGCGCCUGCCGCCUAGACAGUCGACGCCAUUGGUCCUACGUACUAUUUGACCAUCUCGGCCGCUCAUCAUCCRUCAUUCCGUCGCUGUGACAAGCAGAGCAGGAGCAGCAGUGUAACACCGCCAUAGUAACGCAAUUCGAUAUCGCCGGUUACGACAUUCAGCGAUUAUAUUAAUUAUAAUAAUUCAACAACAAUUUUAAUAAUAUAAAUUAAUUUAUAUCUAUUAUUGUUAUUCGUCGCAGGGUAUUCCACGGUAGUUUAAUAAUAGUGAUAUUAUAACAUUUAUCUACUGCCGUUCGCCGUCGUCGCCGCUGCACAGUCGUCGUUAUCAUCGCGUCGAUUUUUUUUUUGCUUCUUUCCCCCCGACAUUGCGCACGAUCGUUGCGAGUGAAAACUUCAUUGGAUUCUCGUAACACAUUGCGACAACAGUGCGCGUAUACCGUUAUCGCCGUGACCGUAAACAUCAAAGGCCGUGCACUCCACGAUUAGUUUCUGUAUUGUCCGAUGUCUGGUGCUGAAGUACUAGACACCACCUGUGAACUGCCGGCCAAGAAGCGUAAACUGGCUUCCGGUGAACUGUCUACAGUAUCCGUCGACUCAGCGCCGAGGAAUCAGGUAACAAUGUCGAAUAACGGCGUGGAGGAGAUCGAUGAAGGCCUCUACUCUCGGCAGCUGUAUGUCUUGGGCCAUGAAGCUAUGCGCAAAAUGGCCACUUCCGAUGUGCUGAUCAGCGGGCUCGGUGGUCUUGGCGUGGAAGUCGCCAAGAAUGUCAUACUCGGUGGUGUCAAGUCAGUUACGUUGCAUGAUUCUGUCGUGUGCACCUAUAGCGAUCUAUCAUCGCAGUUCUAUUUGACCGAAAACGAUAUCGGUAAGAACAGGGCGGAUAUCAGUUGUCCAAAGUUGGGUGAAUUAAAUUCCUAUGUGCCCGUCAAAGCAUACACUGGGAUUUUGUCCGAAUCGUUUCUUAAACAGUUUAAAGUUGUUGUCUUGACCGAGACAACAUUAGACGAACAGUUGCGCAUAUCAGAAAUCACACAUCUGAACAAUAUCGCUUUAAUAGUUGGUGAUACUAGAGGGGUGUUUGCUCAAGUAUUCUGCGAUUUUGGUGAGGAUUUCAAUGUAAUUGACACAACGGGUGAAAAUUCAAUUUCUGUUAUGGUAGCUGGUAUUACUAAGGAAGAACAAGGGGUAGUUACAUGUAUGGAUGAGUCUCGACAUGGUUUCGAAGAUGGAGAUUAUGUAACAUUUCAAGAAGUACAGGGUAUGACUGAAAUAAAUGGUUGUAAACCAAAAAAAAUUACCGUCUUGGGGCCAUAUACCUUUAGUAUUGGUGAUACUACAUCCUACUCAGAUUAUAUUAAAGGUGGUUAUGUUACUCAGGUGAAAAUGCCAAAAAAAUUAAAUUUCAAAUCAUUAAAAAAUUCCUUAGCUGAACCAGAGUACCUUAUUUCUGAUUUUGGAAAAUUUGAUAGACCUUCCCAACUACAUCUAGCAUUUAUAACUUUUCACAAGUUUGUUUCUGUGAAUGGUCGUCUACCUAUUCCAUGGAGUUCUGAGGACGCAAAUGAAUUUUUAAAAUUAGCCAAAAGUAUAAAUACUGAUUCCAUUGAACUUGAUGUUGAUCUAAUUAAAAUAUUUUCAAAAGUUUGUGCUGGUAAUAUUAAUCCAAUGACAUCUUUUAUUGGUGGUAUUGUUGCUCAAGAAGUUAUGAAAUCAUGUUCUGGUAAGUUUAGUCCAAUAUUUCAAUGGCUUUACUUUGAUGCUACUGAAUCUUUACCAGAAGAAGUUACUGAAGAAGAUGCCAAGCCUAUUGGUAAUCGCUAUGAUGGUCAAGUCUCCAUUUAUGGACGAAAAUUCCAAUCCAUUUUGGGAAAUUUGAAAUAUUUUGUUGUUGGAGCUGGAGCUAUUGGAUGUGAAUUGUUGAAAAACUUUGCAAUUAUGGGAGUUGGUUGUGGUAAUGGAAAAAUCUAUGUCACCGAUAUGGAUUUAAUUGAAAAAUCUAACUUGAACAGACAGUUUUUGUUUAGAACUCAGGAUGUUCAAACAUCAAAAUCUGAAACAGCAGCUAAAGCAAUUAAACGUAUGAAUCCAUAUGUAAACGUAGAACCACAGACAAACAGGGUCUGCCCAGAAACUGAGCAGAUUUAUAAUGACACUUUCUUUGAAAAUUUGGAUGGUGUUGCUAAUGCUUUAGAUAAUGUUGAUGCUCGUAUAUAUAUGGAUAGACGUUGUGUUUUCUACAAAAAACCACUUUUAGAGUCUGGAACAUUGGGUACAAAGGGUAAUACACAAGUUGUAAUACCAAACUUGACAGAAUCCUAUAGUACAUCUCAAGAUCCUCCAGAAAAAAGCAUACCAAUUUGUACUCUAAAAAAUUUUCCAAAUGCUAUUGAACAUACAUUACAAUGGGCUAGAGAUUUAUUCGAAGGGCUUUACAAGCAAACUCCAGAAAACGUUAAACAAUUUUUAGAAGAUCCUACCUUCGUUGAACGUACAAAUCGUUUACCUGGACUUCAACCAGUUGAAAUUUUGGACUCUGUAAGAUCUUCUGUUGCAGAACGCCCUAAAAGUAUUGAUGAUUGUAUUGAAUGGGCUAGAAUGCACUUUGAAGAUCAAUUUACAAAUCAAAUCAAACAACUUUUAUUCAAUUUUCCACCUGAUCAAUCAACAACUAGUGGUCAACCGUUUUGGUCUGGACCCAAACGUUGUCCAAAACCAAUCAUAUUUGACGUAAAUAAUACAUUACAUUUGGAUUAUAUUUUGGCAGCAGCUAAUUUAAGAGCAGAAACAUAUAAUAUUAAUCAGAUAAGGGAUCGUGUCUAUAUUGCCAAUGUUGUGUCUUCGGUUAAAGUUCCUGAGUUUGUCCCAAAGUCUGGUGUAAAAAUUGCUGAAAAUGAUUCACAGAUAACUAAUGGAUCAUCAAAUUAUGAUCAAAGUAAACUAAAUAAAACUCAAAAGGAUUUACCACUUACAGAUUCUCUAAAAAACAUUAAAAUUGUUCCUUUAGAAUUUGAGAAAGAUGAUGAUAGUAAUUUACAUAUUGAUUUUAUUGUAGCUGCGUCAAAUUUAAGAGCUACAAAUUACGGUAUUCAACCUGCUGAUAGACAUCGAAGUAAACUCAUUGCUGGUAAAAUUAUUCCAGCAAUUGCUACAACAACGUCUGUUGUUGCUGGUCUUGUUUGUCAGGAAUUCUUUAAAUUAGCUAGAGGAUUGAAAGAUUUGGAAAAAUACAAAAAUGGGUUUGUAAAUUUAGCUUUACCAUUCUUUGGUUUUUCUGAACCAUUACUAGCACCAAAAUCUAAAUAUUAUGAUAUUGAAUGGACUUUAUGGGAUCGUUUUGAAGUAGAAGGAGAACUUACAUUAAAUGAAUUUUUAAAUUACUUCAAAGAUAAACAUGCACUGGAAAUCACUAUGCUUUCUCAAGGAGUUUGUAUGUUAUAUUCAUUCUUCAUGCCUAAAGCAAAAAGGGAAGAGCGUAUCAAUACUAAAAUGUCUGAAAUUGUACGCAAUAUAUCAAAGAAGAGGAUUGAACCACACGUAAAAUCAUUAGUUUUUGAAAUAUGCUGCAACAACACUGAUGGUGAGGAUGUGGAAGUACCUUAUGUUAAGUACAAUUUGCCAUCAGACUUCCAAUAUUAAAAGGUUAUGUGUCGAUGC